AUGGGUCUAGAUCUCGACGCUUGUAUUUCCCAACUCUUGCAGAAACAGCUCCUCGCCGAAUCUCUAAUAAAAGAGAUUUGUGAGAAAACCAAAGAGUUACUAAUGCGCGAGAGUAAUGUAAUCCAUAUAUCAGCUCCUGUGACUGUGGUUGGUGAUAUCCAUGGGCAGUUUUAUGAUUUGAUCGAGAUAUUUCGUAUAGGCGGAUACUGUCCAUACACGAAUUAUCUCUUUCUAGGUGAUUAUGUUGAUAGAGGGUUGUUUAGUAUCGAGACUAUAUCUCUGUUGACGUGUUUGAAGCUGAGAUACCCAGAAAGAGUACAGCUUGUUAGAGGUAAUCACGAGUCGCGUGCUGUUACUCAGACAUAUGGAUUCUAUACCGAAUGCGUUAGAAAGUAUGGAAAUACAAAUGUCUGGCAUUAUUUCACAGACAUGUUUGAUUAUUUAACAUUGUCUGUUGUUAUUGAUGAUAAGAUAUUCUGCGUGCAUGGAGGUCUCUCACCUUCAAUACACAGCAUUGAUCAAAUAAAGACACUGGACAGAUUCAGAGAAAUCCCGCAUGAAGGUCCAAUGGCUGAUCUUGUAUGGUCUGAUCCAGACCAGGAUAAAGAUGAAUUUGCAAUAUCACCAAGAGGAGCAGGCUACACUUUCGGUGGUGAAGUAGUAAAGAAAUUUCUCCACAUAAACGGCAUGUCGCAUAUACUACGUGCUCAUCAACUUUGUAUGGAAGGAUAUCAAGUUCUCUACGAUGACCGUCUAUCAACGGUCUGGUCUGCUCCCAACUACUGUUAUAGAUGUGGUAAUAUGGCGUCUAUACUAGAAGUCGGCGUCAAUGGAGAGAGAUUUUUCAACGUAUUUGAUGCUGCACCCGAGAAUGAUAGAGAGAGUUCGAGACCCAUGGCUUCUGAGAGACUGGAGAACGUGUUAUAUUUCUUGUAA